AAGGGGGUAUAUAAUGUCGGAUAGUAUUGCAAAGACAUAUCCUUAUGCAAACACGAACAAGCCCAAGGAAUACUACGAUUAUGAAGCACUUCAGGUGACUUGGGGAUCGCAAGACGUGUAUGAGAUUAGCAAGAAAAUCGGUAGAGGAAAAUACUCUGAAGUCUUUUCUGGAGUGAAUGCUUUGAAUCAACAACAAUGUGUCAUUAAAGUAUUGAAGCCUGUAAAGAAGAAGAAGAUUAAGAGAGAAAUCAAGAUUUUGCAAAACUUGACAGGUGGACCCAACAUUAUUGGUUUAUUAGACGUUGUCCGUGACCCCGAGUCUAGAGUGCCUUGCUUGAUCUUUGAAAGUGUCAAUAACACGGAUUUUAGAACAUUGUAUCCUCGAUUCAGCGACAUGGAUGUUCGUUAUUACAUGUAUGAACUUUUAAAGGCCAUCGAUUACUGUCAUUCCAUGGGCAUCAUGCAUCGUGAUGUCAAGCCUCACAAUGUCAUGAUUGACCAUGAACAAAAGCAGAUUCGCUUGAUUGAUUGGGGUUUAGCAGACUUUUAUCACCCUGGAGAAAAGUAUAAUGUGAGAGUUGCCUCUCGUUGUUUCAAGGGACCCGAGUUAUUGGUGGAUUUCCAUUAUUACGAUUACAGUUUGGACUUGUGGAGUUUUGGCUGUAUGCUUGCUGGCAUGAUUUUCCGCAAGGAACCCUUCUUUAGUGGUGCUGAUAACUAUGAUCAAUUGAUCAAGAUUGCCAAGGUCAUUGGUACUGAUAAAUUGCAUACGUAUUUAAAGAAGUACGAUUUGAAAUUACACCCUCAAAUCCAAAAGAACUUGGGAAAAUAUGCUGUUAAACCUUGGGAUAAAUUUGUUACGAAUGAUAAUCAAAAGUACAUGUCUGCUGAAGUCUUUGAUUUGUUGGAUAAUUUAUUACAGUAUGAUCAUCAGGAUAGACCCACUGCUAAAGAAGCCAUGAAUCACCCUUAUUUUGCUCCCAUUAGAAAUCAACAGCAAUAAUUUUUUUUUUUCAUAUAUUCUUUUUUAAUAAUAAUAAUAAUAAUUAAGCGGGAUAAAAAAAAAGAGAGAGAGAGAGAGAAAAAAAAAGAGAGAUUAACUACAUUGGGGGGGGGGGGAUGGAUGGAUGAUGGAGAUUACAUUCAUGCAGGAAAAU